AUGUUCAUUGCUUCCGAGGCGCUCAACGCUGAACUAUCCUCUAAUAGAAGCAAGGUUUUCGAAAAGGGUUCUUUUGGAGUCGCCACCAAUAGAGAUCAUUCGAAGGAGGGAGAGAAGAAGACAAGUCUUGGAGUUGUCUGGGGUGUGGAAAAUGAGCAAAUGAGCCUCCUAUUUAUAGUUUUUGCUGCCUGGCACUUUUGGGACGGCCGUCUGGGUUGGGACGGCCGUCCCAACUGCAUGUUUUACAAAGGCUGGGACUUGGGACGGCCGUCCCACAUGUGGGACGCGCGUCUCACUUGUCCCAGGAUAGUUGGGACGGCCGUCCCAACUUUGGGACGGUGGUCUCGACCUGUUUUGUCCAGUUUUUGUGUUCUGGGACCCCGGGAAGCUUUCCUUGCUAUUUUUGGACAUUGGUUGAUGUCGAUAGACGUCCAUUGA